AUUAUCGGGUGCUCUGCGGGUGACCCGACUGCGGGCGAUGGGCUGCCCAUCAGAGAUAUAGUGGACAUGUUUUCCGAGCGCCGGUGCCGGGCGUUGCGAGGAAAACCCAAGUUGUUUAUCUACAACUGUUGCCGCGAAAAGGGCGUCGAUACAGCCCAAGUGCCGGCUGACACCUCCGUAACUGCCGGCGCUGUCCGUUGCCGCAAAUGUGAGGGUCAGUUGACGUGCGCUAAGUGCGAGUCCACACGUAUCGACACAAUGACCAGUUUGGACGGCGACUGGAAAAAUAUGAACAAACAAACGCACGUUAUAUACGCGUGCGCUCAGGGGUUAAAGACGUGGUAUCAUAAGGUCGACGGUCCCAUCGGUCACGUGAGUGUAUUCGGUCAGGCGCUCAGCCAUACCAUCGCUCAGUACUCGUGGUAUAAAAGCCUGUAUCAGCUCUUUCUUAUGUCCGUAAAGCGAUUGGAGGACGAGUUAAAGGCAUAUCGCAAAAAACAUUUGCCAUUUGUUAGCGAAGAGAUUAUUGAUCGCCGGCCGGAAAUCAACAUGUUUGCUGUGAAUAAGGAAUUGUCUAUACAAGACAUAGAUUGA